UUUUCCCCACCAUCACUUUUCUUCCGCACCACAGAACAAAACCAAGAAAAGCAAAGCCCAUUACUUUUGUCUACUGUAUCCAUCCAUCCAUCCAACUAAUCUCUAUUCAUUAUCACUACCAUGAUCCGAUCUCUGAUAUCCAAGGCAUCCUUGUCGUCGUCGUCCAGACUGACCAUCAGACAAUGCAAUCCAAUGCGAGCGUCCAGUUCGCUGCCUCCCCGAAAAGAACGCUUUUUCCCAUCCUCGGAAUACCCCACCGACACGAUGAUCCAGCGUCAAAACAGUUCGGCGGCGGCCACUGAUGAUAGCAACACGCCUAAUACUAUUCAGUUCGAAAAGGUGGCCUUUUUGGGAACGGGCAAAAUGGCACAGGCCAUCAUGUCGCCACUCAUCCAGACGGGAUUACAGCCGGCCGAAAAGGUGUCCAUUUUCGAUGUCAGUGUGGCACAAAUGAAACAAGCAUCGGAACAAAAUCCAGGAGUCGUCAUGGCACAGUCCAUUCCGGAAUUGGUCGAUGGAGCCGAUCUACUCGUGUGUGCCGUCAAGCCACAAAACAUUACCGAAGGAUUGUGCAGUGAACUCCGCAAAGCCAACAUUCCCGAAAAUGCCACACUCUUGUCGGUCAUUGCCGGAUUGCCACUUGACAUGUAUUAUGCCACGGGAUAUCAAAAGAUUGUACGAAGCAUGCCCAAUACACCCGCCAUGAUUGGAAGAGGAAUGACGGUAUGGUGUUGCACGGAAAAUAUGACUGUCAAUGAACGAGAUGGCAUUAAUCAAGUACUCGGGUGUUUGGGAAAGACGAUCUUUGUCGACGAAGAGAAAUACGUUGACAUGUCGACAAGUAUCUCCGGUUCAGGUCCAGCUUAUAUCUUUAUGCUCAUGGAGGCCAUGAUUGAUGCCGGUGUGCACAUGGGUUUUCCACGGGACAAGGCCACCACUUUGGUAUACCAUACUCUGUUGGGAUCCACGCUUUAUGCCAUGGAAACAGGCGAACAUCCCGCCAUUCUCCGCAACAAUGUCACCAGUCCCUCGGGGACCACUGCCAGUGCCCUCUAUGAACUAGAAAACGGACGAUUCCGAACCGUAAUCAAGGACGCCAUGUGGGCAUGUUAUCGAAGAAGUUUGGAAAUGGGUGGUCAUGAAUCCAAUGUCGGACCUGGCCGAGCGCCCGUGCCAGAAGGACGGGUCAUUCAACAAUUCUUGGACGAUCAUGAUGAUCUCAAAGUCAGUAUUCAGAAAAAGGGAGACGCAUCCGACCAUGAGCCAAAAAUGUAACUAGCUAGCUAGUAGUGAAAUGGGUUGUUGGUUCUACUAGC